ACAAAACAGUCUGGCAGCAUUGAGAAUUUUACGCUACAUCCAAUUUACUCAGCCAGUUAAAUGAAUGGGUGAUAUGUUGGUGUUUUCCUUGUAGCUGUGUGUACUUAUUGUUCUUUCCUCAGUUGCGCCUAAGAUUCGCUGAGUGAAUGUUGUGUUUUAUUUAUUUUUUUUAAAUAAUAAGCAAGAAACAUUAAUUUUUAUUUUAGUGCUGCAAGCUUUCAAGAGACAAAGUGAAAUGUCGUUUUAUCGUUCUCUCUCUUGAGUAUUUUUUUUUUUUGAAAAAAAUUCUUUCGCGUGGUUCAAAGGUUCCCAUUUGUGUGAUAAUGACUGUGAGUGAAAGAUAAAACGUAAUCAGUGUUUUGGAACAAGAGACAAGAGAGUGUUAUACGAGAAGAGUACUUUACAGUCUGAUUAGUAAAAUGAAUUCAAGACUGUGCAUCAAACACGAAGGGAGUUGAAGAAUUUAAUUAUAAUUUGUUCAGUGAGUCUACAAGACACAAUCAAGGACAAUGGGCGAAAAAGAAAAAUUCAUUGGGGCCCUAGAUAUCGGAACUACGACCCUGAGAUGUAUGAUCUUCAAUCAUUCUCUCCAAAUCUGCGGCAUGGCCAGUGAGCAGGUUCAACUAAUUUAUCCCAAAGUUGGAUAUAUCGAAAUAGAACCAAAUGGCUUCUGGACAAGUAUAGUCAAUGUGAUAAAAAAUGCCCUGGAUGGCGCUAAAGUGGCUCCAGAACAACUUGAGUGUUUGGGAAUAACCACUCAGCGAAGUACUUUUAUCACAUGGGACAGAGAAACUGGCAAAUACUUCCACAAUUUUAUCGUGUGGAAUGAUUUGAGGGCUAAAGAAUUGGUGAAAAAAUGGAAUGAGAAUAUUCUCUUAAAAUCCUUCCAGAACAUCACAAGAUUUUUAUAUUUAAUCACGAGGAAUAAACGCUUCCUGGCAGGCAGUGUAAUGAAGUUCAUGAACAGCCAGGUGACUGUACGCUUAGCCUGGAUGAUUCGCCACAAUGAUGAUUUGCGGAAGGCCAUCCAAAAUAAAAGUGCAUUGUUCGGCACCAUUGAUACGUGGCUGCUGCACAAAUUCCAGCAAGGUCUCAAUGGUGCAAAUAAACAGUCAAUUGAUCACAUUACGGAUGUCACCAAUGCCUCUGCCACUGGACUCUAUGACCCCUUUCAGCUCAAUUGGGCUGAAUGGUCAUUCUCCCUGUAUGGCAUUUCUGCUGACAUGAUGCCCAGAGUCGUGGACAAUUCCCAUGACUUUGGCGUGAUAGACAAGUCAGUUUUUGGGAGUGAAAUCAAAAUUGGAUGCUCGAUUGCUGAUCAAUCAGCUUCCAUGUGGGGCUCCUGUUGUUUCCAGAAAGGCGACGUCAAGGUGACUUUGGGCACUGGAAGCUUUAUGAAUUUAAAUACAGGAAGUCUGUGCAAUGCAUCGAUCUAUGGAUUGUAUCCUCUUGUGGCUUGGAGAGUCUUCAAUCAGGAAACAAACUCCAGGGAAGUAGUUUACUGCGUUGAGGGACAAAGCAGUGACACGGGCUCCUUGAUUCGUUGGGGCAUUGACUUUGGACUGUUCACUGAUCCAUCCUGCUCCUCAGAAAUGGCUUAUUCUGUGGAUGAUUCCGAAGAGAUCUUCUUCAUUCCGGCUUUUAGUGGACUCGGGGCUCCAAUGAACGAUGCCAAAGCUGCUACUGGAGUCAUUGGUAUUCGUCCUACUACGACAAAAUCCCACAUCGUGAGAGCCCUGUUGGAGAGUAUUGCGUAUCGUGUGGCUCAAUUGUACAUUUGCACUAUGGAAGAGACUGAUUUCAAGUUCUCCAUCAUCCGUGUUGAUGGAGGCGUGUCCAGGAAUGACUUUGUCUGCCAACUUCUGGCCAAUUUGACUGGUUUGGAGGUAGAGAGGGCAGAUAAUGCUGAGCUCUCUGUGCUAGGAACGGCCUUUCUUGCAGGAUUGAAUGUUGGAGUCUUCAAGAAACGGGAGGAAUUGGUCAGGAAGAGGAUUGUUGAAAGGGUAUUCCAUCCACAACCUGAUCACUUUGAGAGGGCUAAAAGUAAAUUUCAAAGGUGGCAGGAUGCAGUGGAACGCUUUAGGGAUUGGUAUGAUGAGAGCUAGGGGAUCAAAGUGAAUAAAAUUAUUUUUUUGAAAAAUCUAA